UCAAUUUUUACCUUUCACUGUUAUAUAUAUCACCCAACAAAACAAUAAAUUUAACACACAAGAGAGACAGAGAGAGAGAAAAAGAGAGAUCGAUCACAUGAUGGAAAGGCAGAGAAGUAUCAAAGUUCUGAUGUUUCCAUGGUUGGCUUAUGGUCAUAUUUCACCAUCUCUAGAGCUAGCCAAGAGGCUCACUAACAGAAACUUCCAAAUAUAUUUCUGUUCCACGCCUGUGAAUCUCACUUCAGUCAAAAAAAAACUCUCUCAAAAGUAUUCCUCUUCGAUAAAGCUAGUAGAGCUCCAUUUACCAUCUCUACCGGACCUUCCACCUCACUACCACACCACAAAUGGCCUCCCACCAAAUCUCAUGCCAACCCUCAAGAAAGCCUUCGACAUGUCAAGCCCUAGCUUCUCCACUAUCCUCUCCACCAUAAAACCUGACCUCCUCAUCUAUGAUUUUGUUCAGCCAUGGGCACCACAGCUUGCUUCUUGUAUGAAUAUUCCUGCUGUUAAUCUUAUGAGUUUCGGAGCUGCCAUGGUCUCUUUUUUGCUCCAUUCUAUCAAGUACAAUGGUGAUGAUCAUGAUGAUGAAUUCCUGACUACAGAAUUCCAUCUUUCUGAUUCUAUGAAAGCGAAGUUAGCCGAAUUUAUUGAAACUUCUCCGGAGGAGCACAUAGAUAGGGCCGUGACAUGCUUAGAGAGGUCAAACUCUCUUAUUUUAAUAAGGUCUUUCAGAGAGCUGGAAGGUAAAUAUUUGGAUUAUGUAUCUCUCUCUCUUGCCAAGAAGGUUGUCUCAAUUGGUCCGCUCGUAGUUCAAGACACUAAUCCUGAAGACGAUAGCAUGGAUAUCAUCAACUGGCUCGACAAGAAAGAGAAAUCUUCGACCGUGUUCGUUUCCUUUGGAAGCGAGUAUUAUCUGACCAACGAAGAGAUGGAGGAGAUAGCUUAUGGUUUAGAGCUUAGCAAGGUGAAUUUCAUAUGGGUUGUGAGGUUUCCUUUGGGACAAAAAAUGGCCCUUGAAGAAGCCCUACCAAAAGGGUUCUUAGAAAGGGUUGGAGAGAAUGGAAUGGUGGUUGAAGAUUGGGCUCCACAGAUGAAGAUAUUAGGGCAUUCAAGCAUUGGAGGGUUUGUGAGUCACUGUGGAUGCAGUUCUCUAAUGGAGAGCUUGAAACAUGGUGUUCCAAUCAUAGCAAUGCCCAUGCAACUAGACCAACCAAUAAAUGCUAAACUAAUGGAGAGGAUUGGUGUUGGUUUGGAGGUUAAGAGGGACAAAAAUGGAAGGAUUGAAAGGGAACAUUUGGCCAAAGUGAUAAGAGAAAUGGUGGUUGAAAAAUCCAGGAAGCAUAUAGAAAAGAAAGCAAGAGAAAUGAGUGAUAUAAUAAGAGAGAAAGGAGAGGAAGAGAUCGAUAAUGUGGUAGAAGAACUGAAAAAGCUUUGUGGAAUGUAAUUAACCUUGUAUUAGUGUUUUCUAUGCAUUCAAUAAUAUUUAUUGCAACAGUAAAAUGUUAAUUUUAUAAUAAAUAAGAAAUUAUACAAAAUGUUUUUGACAUUAUAAUAAAUAAAAAGGCAUAAUCCUCAAUUUUAUAAUAUUA